AUGGAUUUUGUGGAAUAUUUUCCAUUUGAAGUUGCUUUACAAGUCUUUUCGAAGCUAACAAUACCUGAAAUUUUUACGUGUAGUAAGGUUUCGAAGCGAUGGAAAGAAUUUUUGGACCACAACAGCUCAUGGAAAGUGAAGUGCAAAAAGCUGGGGAUUGGUAUUGGAGGUGAUCAGGAUUGGAAAACAGCUUUUGAUAAGUAAGGGCAGGGCCGCGCCGAAAAACUGGCCUGGUUGCUUUACAGGCCUAAUUAUACUGUUAUAUUUACAGAGUAGGCCAAAACUGGAAAGAUGUAAAGUGUACAGAGAAGAAAAUGGAGUGGAACAAUGUGAAGAGCUUACAAUUCAAGGAUGAGUUCCUGUUGAUUAGAAUGAAGCAUGAACUUGAAAUUAGACAUCUUGAUAAUUUAGAUGAGGUAAGCACGUUACAAUGAAAAAAAUUAUAAAAUAAAAAAUAAUUUAAUAAGUUUUUGAACUAUCGUAUAAUACCUUACACAAUCAACCCAAAAAAAUUUUUUGCUUCUAUGCAUGACCACAUUACACCAAUUUCCAGGUUUACCAAGUAAUCGAUAUGGAAUGGCUAGAAUAUGAUUUCCACCCUUUCAAUCAGAACAAGUGGCUAGCCAUUUUGGAAAGUGAAGAUACUGGUCAUCUACGGCUACGGGUAUACCCAUUAACAAAGACAGAAAAAAGGCUACCCUAUCUUUUUACUAAACAAUUGGCACCAAUUUACUACAUGCAUGCUGAGAAUGUCUUCUUUUGGGAUGAUACGUAGGUUUACCCAGGGCCCUGGUAGUAGUAGUUAAUGUACUUUGUCAUUCAAAGUUUUUGUUAGAGACUACCCAAAACAGUACAAAUGGCACCAAAUUACUAUUCUUUAGGUUAGUAAAGUCAGCGAACGUUGAUGGGAACCAAGAGAUUCAUCUUGUCAAUCUUUGUAAUGGAAAACUAGAGCGAUCUUUCCCGAUUGGGUUCCAAAGGCCUAGCAUAAGAUACGAUGGCAAAUAUUUACUGUAUUAUGCUAGAAAACAGCCGAUUGAUGUGUUUGUAAUGGAAACAGGCUUCUUCUGGAGCAUACCGGUUGAAAACGAAGAGUUCAAAGUAAGUUUUAUUGGAGAAAAGUAAGAUUUUGUUGUGUUAAACUACUACAAUAUUGUUUGGAUGAGAAUACAUGUUUUAAACUUGAUAAGAACUUAGUGAACAGUCAACCUAAAAUUUCCUAUUCCACAUCCUAUUUUACAUUUUCCAGCCUCGAGCAACCAUCCUCAGUCCGCUAAAACAACUUCUGGCCUCAUAUUCAGGCAUUUUAUUUGACUUUUACAACAUUGAAACGGGUGAAAAAUUGAAAAGAUUAGAGACAAAUAUACCCAACACUACUGACCUCAACUACCGCAUCUUCUACAGACAGAAAUUACUGUGUAUAUUCAGAGAAAACCAAUUGAAAGUUAUGAAAUUCGAUAAAAAUUGGCAAGACUACGGGUAUUAUGGUCAAGAACUGGCGUCUCACGGCCAAAUCAUCGGCCUUGCUUAUCGAGGGGAAGCUUUAGCAUGGGUACAACCUUCGUGGGAAGUGGGGCAUCUGGGGCUACUCAAUUUAGAGACUAGUGAGUAUUUAAAUAAUGAAUUUGAACAAUAUAGCCAGAGGGCGCUAAAUGAAACAUAACCAAUUUGAAAGGGCACCAAAGAAGAUGAAGUUUUUUUGGUUGAUCAAACACAGUAUAAGUUACGUAUACACAAAAUGUCAUCUUGAUAUCAAGAGCAGAAAUAUAAUUUUUUAAUAGAAACGUCAUGUAUAACAUAAACUUUAUGUUUCAUUGCUUAAAACAUCAAUUAUUUAGAUGAAUUUCGAGAAUUGGGUCAAUUUGAAGUUGGUUUUAUACCUGAAUAUUAUCUACGAGGAUCAGCGUUAUUCGUUUUCUCCGUUGCCAGCAAAGAAGCCGAUGUUCGGCAGUUCUCGUUUCAGCCUGAAUAA